GUGAGCAUCUCGCAGUUAGAACUGCGUGAGAAAACAGCACUGACAGGCUUAUUUACAGGGUUUUCCAGAGUCUAGGGGUUUUAUUUUGUGUCUUUAGUGUUUACUGAGGCGUCUAACAUGCCUUUUCUCGGACAGGACUGGCGCUCGCCUGGUCAAAACUGGGUUAAAACCGAGGACGGCUGGAAAAAAACGACGAAAGACGAAAACGAGGCGAAUAACAACGUCUCUGAACGGCACUGUAAAGAAGAGGCCUACUAUAAAGAGAACCUGCUCCUCUCCAUUAACUAUGAUGUGGCCACAAAGAAGAGGAAGAAGGAUCUUCUGAACAACAACACAAAGAUUCCUUAUUUCCAUAAAGACCAGUGGAUCUAUGUCCACAAAGGGAGCACUAAAGAGCGCCAUGGCUAUUGCACUCUGGGAGAAGCUUUUAACCGCUUGGACUUCUGCAGUGCCAUCAAGGACACCAGGCGGUUUAAUUACGUCGUGAGGCUGCUGGAGCUGAUUGCCAAGUCCCAGCUGCCCUCGCUGAGUGGAGUGGCGCAGAAGAACUACAUGAACAUUCUGGAAAGAGUCGUGCAGAAAGUUCUGGAGGAUCAACAGAAUGUGAGGCCCAUUAAGGAGCUGCUGCAGACGCUGUACGUGUCGCUGUGCAGUCUGGUGCAGGACAUGGGGAAGUCAGUGCUGGUGGGAAACAUCAAUAUCUGGGUGCAUCGCAUGGAGAACAUCCUGCAGUGGCAGCAGCAGCUGGACAACAUUCAGAUCAACAGGCCCACAAACACUGGUAUGACUCUCCUGGAUCUGCCGGUCAGUCUACAGCUGAACAUCAUGCACCGCCUCUCAGACGGACGAGACCUGCUGAGUCUAGGGCAGGUUUGUCCUGAUCUGGGAGUGCUGACUGAAGACCGGCUGCUGUGGAAGAACCUGUGUCAGUACCACUUCACAGAAAGACAGAUCCGCAGGCGCCUCAUCGUAUCGGAUAAGGGACACCUGGAGUGGAAGAAAAUGUACUUUAAGCUGUGCCGAUGCUACCCACACAAAGAGCAGUACAGCGACACCUUGCAGUUUUGCACACACUGCCACAUCCUGUUCUGGAAGGACACAAACCAUCCCUGCACAGCCAACAAUCCCGAAAGCUGCACCAUUUCAGUGUCUCCACAAGGUUUCAUCAACCUCUUCAAGUUCUGAUUGGACACUUUUUUUUUUUUUUUCUUUCUUUCUUUUGUUUCCACUGUAUGUAAAUAGUGUAUAUAAUUAUCAAAAUGUGCAAUAGAUUUCUGGAAGGUUUAAGCAGGGAGGCUCAGUCCUGGAGAUCUUAAAACUGACAGAGUUGAGCUCCAACCCUGGUUUAAAGCUCUUCUUUAUUUAUCCAGGCGAUAAUAAAGAAGAUUCAGAGCUUCUAGAUAUUUGGUUAUGUUCAGACUGCCAAACCAAUUCAGAUUUUUUUUUUUUUUUUUUUUUUUUUUUUUUUAAAUACUUUUUUGGUAUAUUCAGAUUGUAUCUACAUGAAAUCGGAUUAUUGCAAAACGCAAUUCUAAUCAGCUGCAGUUUCUACAGAUGUGUCUCAGUCUGGACGCUUGAAUUAGACUUGAGUGUGUCUCUUGCAUUUGCUUAGAACACAAAAAACACCAACUUGUAUUUAUUUAUUUAUUUAGUUUUAAUCAAAAUAAAAAGUGAAACAUGAGCAGAGGGCCAGCUUAAAAAAAAAAAAAAAAGCUAAAGCCAAAUUACUUUUGGGAGAUCUGGACAAAAAAAAAAGAAAAAAGAGACACGGACUGAAUGCUGAAUGUUGAGGACAGUAAUAAGUGAUGUUUUUGGAUAAAUCUGAAAAAAAAAAUUAGUAAAUCAGUUCAAAAUGUGAAACUCAUAUAUUAUAUUGAUGUAUAACUCAAGCCAAAGGUUAUUUAAAGCAGCCGACUCACAUAAGUUUGUGAUGUCCAGAAAGGCAAAUCCCAAAUUAGAUCACUUAAAGAUCAAGACUGAUCUGAUUUAAGAAACGAAUCCAGAUUAAUGUGCCUGCAGUCUGAACACAGAUUUAGACAUAAGUGUGUUGGAUCUGAACUCUUAGAGCUGAAGGAAGAUCUUGAGGACCAGGGUUGAUCAGUUCUGGCAUAAAGGAGUACUGCAAUACUUUUUUUUUUUAAGUUUUGUUUUGUUAGUUUUUUUUCUACCUACUAUCUCUGCCUUGUGUGUAGCUGUUGACAGUUGACUAUCACAGACAAGGAUUUAGUGAAAAGCUGAAUCUGUUGAUGUGCAGUGCUUCAGAACCUGCGCACUGGCUUCCGUUACCAUAUUUAUUCCUUCCAGGUGACAUUUUUUUUUUGUUUGGAGUUUUGAGUUUGACUUGAAGACACAAUUACUUCAGUUAGAGAAGUGUUGGGAAGUACUUUUGGGAGAUCUGCACAAAAAAAAAGGGACACGGACUGAAUGUUUAAUAUUGAGGACAGUAAUGAGUGACGUUUUUGGAUGAAUCUGAAUGUGGAGGUGCAUCUCAUUCUUUAUAUAUUUUUUUAUCAUUGAAAAGUUACUUUAUUUCAGUAAAUCAGUUCAAAAUGUGAAACUUGUAUAUUAUAUAGAUGCGUUAAUAAAAAAAACCUAAAGUCAGUAUCUUAGAAAAUUAGAAUUGGUACUUUUGGCAGUGUGGGCAGUGUGCCAAGUCCUGCUGGAAAAUGAAAUCCCCAUAAACGUUGUCAGCAGAGGGAAGCAUAAAGUACUAUUUUUCUCUCCACUCUUCCUCCAGAUUCUGCUCCCUUGAUUUCCAAAUGAAAUUCUUAUUUAUUAUUAUUUUUUUUUUAAUUGGCUGUAAGUCAUAAUUAUAAUCAACAAUAAAAUAAUAAACAUUUAAAUUAGAUCAUAUAUAUAUAUAUAUAUAUAUAUAUAUAUAUAUAUAUAUAUAUAUAUAUAUAUGAGUUUUACGUUUUGACUUCAAUUUCUGAAAUAAAGUAAUUUUCAAUCAUUUUCUAUGAUGAUUUGGGAUUUGAGAUGCACCAGUAUAUGAGUGAAUGUAAUUUAUGUGUGUAAAGUUAAGUUUAAAGGGUAUUAUGCUUAUUCUGUUUGGGCAUGAAUAUGUUUACUUUAAGUGACGACAAUACAAUUAAUUAUAGAAAAUAAUAAUAAUGUAUGGUAAUAUAAAAAUAAUGUGCUUGUGCAAGAAGUAUGCAUUAUGCAGUUUGCCCUUAUGCUGCAAGGAUAGUGCACUAAUAAUAAUAAUAGCAACAUUAAUAUAUAAUAUUAAUAUCGUCGCUGUCCAAUGAAAAACACUUCUCUCCAAAACAGCAACAGGAGAGAGAGAGAAAAAAACUUUUAAACUUUUGUAUAGAUGUCAAUGUAAAAAGUUUAGAGUUUAUUUCAGGUCGUUUUGAAGAGUUUCUAUUGGUCCGUUCAUCAAGAAAUUUUGGCACAGUUAAAGGGACAGUUUGUCUGUUGAAAUUAUGUAGUAAAAUAUAUAUUUUUUUAUAGGACAGCGACGAUAUACUCUAGGAAUGUCUUUUUCCUGACUACAGUAACUACAGUUAACAGUGUAUCUGUAACUCCUGUUAGACUGUUAGACAUGUUUGGGUUUGUGAAAGCAUGCUGGUGCUUUUUCUCUUCUCUUUUUUCUUUUCUUUUUUUUAAUGUGUGGUAAAGACGAAGUAUGUUGGUAUGUUGGUACGUUUACCAAAGCUGUCAGUCAUAAUAGUGUAAUAGUGUGCAAAGACUUUUUCUAAGUAAGUUACCUUUUUUCCACUUUUAUACGUUUGAUAUUUUCCAGUUGUGUUUGUUUAAAUCUGUGUUGGUAAGAAAGUGGUUUAAGCAUACCUGUCAAGUCUCCCGUUUUGGCCGGGAAACUACCGUAUUUUACUCCUUUUCCCGCCGUCCUCCCGUAUAGUUUUUUUUUCGUAAAUUUCCCGUAUUAUAUGAAAAUGUAAAAAACUUAUUAUUGAGGCGACUGACCGCUGUGUGUUUCUUAACCAAUCGUCGUGCCGGUUCAAGGAUAAGUCCCGCCUUUCAAGAGAAACAGCCAAUCAGCUUGCUGGUUUUGCGGAGCGCAGAGCUAGUUGAAGGGUUUGUUAGUGUAAUUUGGUGUAAUUUAUUAUUUAAAAGGGGUAGAAGAUAUGGUUGAGCUGGAGAGAGAAAAUUUGUGGAGAGGACUGAAAUUAACUGAACUGAUCAAGUAUUUUAUAUUAUCAUAUAAAAGAGAGCGUUCCUGCCAAAAAAGUGAAGAUUUCAUGUAGAAAAGUUUUUUUUUUAGGCUGUAUUAUAAGAAAUACAUUUGUAGGAAUAUCCACAGCAUUUUAGUGUCAACAAAAGUAGACCGAUUACAUUCUGAUAAUCUAAUUGUAUUUUGUAAGUUGUUUACAAUGUAAAGGAUACCUAACCUCAGUUGGGCUGGUGGGACGGCUCAAAGCGGGUGGCGGAAAAUUUCCCUUAUUUUUAAAUCCAAAACUUGACAGGUAUGUUUAAGUGGUAAAGGGUGCAGCGCGAGCGGAUACUUGACUCUAUUAUGACCUGUUGUUAGGACACUAAAGCCUAGUCUAAUUUAAGGUGCCUUAAUCCAUCAAUAACUGAGUAAAAGUUAGACACAUGGACUCCUGUGCAUUUAUUACUACGCUCUACAAUAAUGAUACAUGUCUUAUUUGUUUUAUUUUUUAUUAUUAUUUAAAUGGCAUGAUUUUUUUUUUUUACUGUAUCAUGAAAAAAAAACCCUUCCUGACUAAACCACUUGCAUGAAUUUCUGAAUUUUAAAACCAAAGAUCUUCUCCUUAGAUUCAUUAGAUUAAAUACAGGCAAUGGCUGGCUGUUAUUCUGAACAGGAGAAGCCAAGGGCGCCCUGGACGCGAUGUUCUAACACUCCUGUUCAGUCCUUUAUGGUUAUGCAAACAACAAAGAUGCUUUGUGAAGAGCGAGCCAAAAGAGUCAUGAGUCUUGAUGAUGCUGAAAAUAAACCAAGUUCCUCUGAUGA